UGUGGGAAUGCCCUCAUGCGGGUGUGUCCAGGGUGGGUUGAGCCGUGGGACCCCGUGCUCUUCCUUGAUUAUGUCAGCCGGCGGACGGGUUGCACAGGACUUGAAACCAAAUGCGUCUGCAGAAUAAUGCCUCCUCCACACUACGAUUUUCUCAUCAAGCUCCUUCUCAUUGGAGACUCAGGUGUUGGCAAAUCCUGUCUCCUUCUCCGCUUCUGCGACGACGCAUGGACUCCAUCUUUCAUCACGACCAUCGGUAUCGACUUCAAGAUUCGCACGAUUGAGUUAGAUGGAAAGAGAAUCAAACUUCAAAUCUGGGAUACCGCUGGUCAGGAACGAUUCAGAACCAUCACAACGGCUUAUUAUCGCGGCGCUAUGGGCAUCCUGCUCGUUUACGACGUCGCAGACGAACGCUCAUUCAAUAACAUUCGCACGUGGUACGCCAACAUAGAACAGCACGCGUCAGAAGGUGUAAACAAAAUCCUCAUCGGUAACAAAUCAGACUGGGACGACAAACGUGUCGUCACCAAAGAGCAGGGGCUGGCACUAGCCCAGGAAUUGGGUAUCGGGUUCAUGGAAACGUCCGCCAAAUUGAACGACGGCGUCGAAGAGGCUUUUUUCACUCUCGCACGGGCGUGCAAAACGAGGUUAAUCGACUCGCAGGCGGACGUCGCUGGCUCGCCAGGUAGUGCUACAAAUGCUGACGGAUCCGUCAAAGUCAACCAACCAGUUGCACACUCGAUGUCGACCUGUUGCUUAUGAACUCUGUCGCUCUACACGUGUUACACUCACUCUUACUCGUACCUAUACCUUAGGACAGUACGCGUGCAUCGAUUUUUAACCUAUCAUGAAGGGCUAGUCGAAUUCCAGUGUGACGGGGAAGCGAGGGGCCCGAAGAUCAAACUAUUGCGAGUACUUCCUAUCUACACACUCGUAAGUGGACUAUUGGGCAGCAUUCCAGUUCCCACCCCUCGUAUCGCUGUCGAGUAACUACUACAUCUUUGAACUCUUCCGUAUUUGCAAAGAUCGC